AUGGCGGACGUCUUCACGCUGCUGAGCCUGCCCAGCACAUCAAAUGCAUUCUCUAUCGUCUCGUCCAAGCCGCAAGGCAUCCCGAGCACAAGAGACGAGCUAUCUCGGUCCGAGUCUCCCCCACGCAAGAUCGCCCGUCUGGACGUCGCCUCUAAUGCUCGCUCUGCUUCAUCGCUACCCCGGUACGCCACCUCCGUCGUCUUUUCUGCUAGCUCCGCGUUCUCAUCGGAGAUCGGACCCCCAGUCAAACCGGUCCCGACAUCCUUCUACGACGCCGACUACAAUCUGGUGCGGCGCACGAUCAGCAUCAUACUGAACCCCUCGGAGGAUAGACCACUCCCAGAGACGUACGACAGGAUCUCUCGGGCGUGUCGAGCGGCUGUCGGCGAGGCCGGCCGGGGCGAGGGACUGUACGAUGCCGUCAAGAUGGAUCUCGAGCGAUGCGGCUCAAUGUUACAGAAGACGCUAGUGAACAAGGAGGAGAAGAGCGUGGAGUGGCUGGUGCCGUUCACCGAGAAGUGCGCGUGGUAUGAGAAGCAAGUGGUGAGUCUUCCUACUGUCGCCGUAUACUUCUCGCUGCGUAUCAUGCCAUCUCCAGUCUUGCGUCGCCCUCACUGUUCACCGGGUGUAUGCAGACAGCUUGCGAACACCACCUUCAUUACCUCAGUCAUAUGGAACGCUCAGAUCACCAAUUUGAUCAUGGACGGCGUAGCAGACUGGCUGGAGUGCGAGAGGAAUACGAGAAAGCAGCACGUCCUCCGGGCCUACCUCCCCCAGCUCGUGCGGCACAUGCUGGCGUACGGGCUCUACGCCGACAUGAUCCAGUCCACAUACCUCACGCUGACCCACACCUUCUACACGGCCGAGUCCGCCAAGCUCCACGGGGACGAGACGCCUGCGAACAAGUUCUUCGAACACGUCGAGCAGCGCGGCGAAGAGGAGGAGACCCGGGCGCGUGAAGUUCUCGUAGAAAGCGCGGUGGCACCCGUGCGAGACACGACGGACAGCGCGCUGCUGACGAACCGCCUGCAGUGGCUCGCCAAAGACGCCUUGAAGACAUACAUGGACGUUAAGCAAGUGGAUCAGCUCAAGAAGCUGUACAAGCGGCUGGCCAAAGUCGGCGGACUCAAGGUGCUAAGUGCCUCGUUCAAAGUCUACGUCCAGGGCGCCGUCAAAGAGGUCGUCACUAAUCAAGCGAGGGACGACGAGAUGGUAUCUAGAUUGUUGAUUUUGAAAGCAUUCUGCGACAAACUCGUCACAACCGUCUUCGUGGAUGAAACCGUGCCAGCGUCCUCACGCCCUCAAGCGUCUUCAUCCAAGGCCCCUGCUCCCGCAGAGCCCGAGGCCGUCGUGCAAACGAGUCGAGACUUCGUUUACGGGCUCACCGACGCCUUCCAAGCUGGCUUCAAAGCUCGUCGCCUCAAACCUGCUGAAAUGAUUGCCAAGCACAUGGACAAAGCUAUGCGACGGGGCCAAAAGGCCAAGGAAGACUCAGCCUUCCUAUCGGAGCUUACCGAAGCUCUUUCACUUUACCGGUACACGGACGAUUUGGACGUAUUCCGGACGUUCUACCAACGCGCGCUCGCCAAGCGUCUGCUCCUGGAUAAGAGUGCAAGCACCGACAUCGAGAAGAACGUGCUCAAAGUGCUGAAAGAGAACUACGAUCCCGAGUUCGGCCAGGGCGAGCAGAUGUUCACCGACUUGGCCGUCUCGCGCGACAACAUGACGAGGUUCAAGGAGAAGCUGAGAGACCCGUCUUCGGGGUUGGAAAGCUUAGACGUCAAGGUGCUACAGCGGAGCGCAUGGCCAUUCGCGGCGCGCACAAAAGACAUCGACCUCCCGCUCUGGAUGCAAGACUCAUUGACCACGUACGCGGAUUUCUACAAGGAUGUGCAUUCUGGUCGAAAGUUAGACUGGGAUCACUCGCUGGGGACAGCCACUCUCAAGGCUGUGUUCAAUUCGGACACGAAGAUGCUGACGGUCAGCCUGUAUCAGGCUGUCAUCCUGCUGUUGUUCCAGGACGUGGACGAGCUAUCGUACACAGAUAUCCUGGCGCAGACGUCGUUGGAGGAGACGGAACUCAAGCGGACGUUGCAAAGCCUCGCAUUGGGGAAGAAACGAGUGUUGACGAAGCAUCCGGUCAGCAAGGACGUCAACGACAAGGACAUCUUUACGUUCAACGCGGACUUCAUGGACGAGAGGAAGCACGUGUUCAUCAAUUCGAUCCAGGUGAAGGAGACGGCGGAGGAGAGCAAGCGGACGCAGACGUCGAUCGAGCAGGACCGGAAGCACGCGAUAGACGCGGCGAUCGUGCGGGUGAUGAAGGGGAAGAAGGAAAUGAUGUUCGAAGCGCUGAAGACGGCGACAAUCGAGGCGGUCAAGAACCACUUUGUGCCGGACGUGUCGACGAUCAAGCAGCGUAUCGAAGGCCUGACGGAGCAGGAGUACAUUAUGCGGGACCCAGAGGUGAAGAACAAGUACAUCUACCUGGCAUGA